CAGCGAACGGUUGUUUUUUUGGUCGCGCGCAUCGUUCCCGUCUUCGCUGUUUCGCGUAUUUAAUUCGUCUUAUAGUUUUUCCUACACGCACCCACGCAGCAGCAGCAGCAGCAGCGGCAGAGGCAGAGGCAGAGGCAGAGCAAGUGACAGGCAGAUAGAAAACCCGUGAAGCAACUACCUCAGUUAGCAGCAGAGAGUCGAAGGCGCAAUGUCGAAGCCACAAUCGGACGCGGAUCGCAGGAAGCAGAUAUCGGUGCGCGGCAUCGCUGAGGUGGGCAACGUAACCGAGGUGAAGAAGAACUUCAAUCGCCAUUUGCACUACACCCUCGUCAAGGAUCGCAAUGUGGCCACACUGCGCGACUAUUACUUUGCGCUGGCCAACACUGUCAAGGACAACAUGGUCGGACGCUGGAUACGCACACAGCAGCACUAUUACGAGAAGGAUCCCAAGCGCGUCUACUACCUGUCGCUGGAGUACUACAUGGGCAGAUCGUUGACCAACACCAUGAUCAACUUGGGCAUUCAGAGCGAAUGCGAGGAGGCCAUGUACCAGCUGGGUCUGGACAUUGAGAAUCUGGAGGAGAUGGAGGAGGAUGCCGGCCUGGGCAAUGGCGGUCUGGGUCGCUUGGCCGCCUGUUUCCUCGACUCGAUGGCCACGCUGGGCCUGGCUGCCUAUGGCUAUGGCAUACGCUAUGAGUACGGCAUCUUCGCCCAGAAGAUCCGGAACGGUGAGCAGGUGGAGGAGCCCGAUGAUUGGCUGCGCUUUGGCAAUCCCUGGGAGAAGGCACGCCCCGAAUUCAUGCUGCCCAUCAAUUUCUAUGGUCGCGUUAUCGAUACGCCCGAGGGCAAGAAGUGGGUGGACGCGCAGAAGGUCUAUGCCAUGCCCUACGACAAUCCCAUACCCGGCUACAACAACAACCAUGUGAACACGCUGCGUCUGUGGUCCGCCAAGUCGCCCGUCGACUUCAAUCUGAAGUUCUUCAACGAUGGCGACUACAUUCAGGCCGUGCUGGAUCGUAAUCUGGCCGAGAACAUCUCGCGUGUGCUGUAUCCCAACGAUAACUUCUUCGAGGGCAAGGAGCUGCGUCUGAAGCAGGAGUACUUCAUGUGCGCCGCCACGCUGCAGGACAUCAUUCGCCGGUACAAGGCCUCCAAGUUCGGGUCGCGCGAGGCGGUGCGCACGAACUUCGAACACUUCCCCGAAAAGGUGGCCAUCCAGCUGAACGAUACGCAUCCCUCGCUGGCCAUACCCGAACUGAUGCGCAUCCUGGUCGAUGAGGAGCAUCUGGAGUGGGAGAAGGCCUGGGAUAUUGUGGUGCGCUCCUGCGCCUACACCAAUCACACGGUGCUGCCGGAGGCCCUGGAACGCUGGCCCGUCUCCAUGCUGGAGUCCAUACUGCCGCGUCACUUGCAGAUCAUCUACCACAUUAACUUCCUGCACAUGGAGAAUGUGAAGAAGAAGUUCCCCGAGGAUCUGGACCGCAUGCGUCGCAUGUCGCUCGUCGAGGAGGAUGGCGACAAGCGCAUCAAUAUGGCCCAUCUGUCGAUCGUUGGCUCCCAUGCGGUCAACGGCGUGGCGGCCAUACACUCGCAGAUCCUGAAGGACACGCUGUUCCGCGACUUCUACGAAAUGGAUCCCAAGAAGUUCCAGAACAAGACGAACGGCAUUACGCCACGCCGUUGGCUGCUGCUCUGCAAUCCGGGCCUGUCCGAUCUCAUUGCCGAGAAGAUCGGCGACGAGUGGCCCGUGCAUUUGGAUCAGCUGAUCGCCCUCAAGAAGUGGGCCAAGGAUCCCAACUUCCAGCGCAAUGUGGCGCGCGUCAAGCAGGAGAACAAGCUGAAGCUGGCCACCAUUCUGGAGAAGGAGUACGGCAUCAAGGUCAAUCCAGCCUCCAUGUUCGACAUUCAGGUGAAGCGCAUCCACGAGUACAAGCGCCAGCUGCUCAACUGCCUGCACAUCAUCACACUGUACAAUCGCAUCAAGAAGGAUCCGACCGCCAAUUUCACGCCGCGCACCAUCAUGAUCGGCGGCAAGGCUGCUCCGGGCUACUAUGUGGCCAAGCAGAUCAUCAAGCUGAUCUGUGCCGUUGGCAAUGUGGUCAACAAUGAUCCCAUUGUUGGCGACAAGCUGAAGGUUAUCUUCCUGGAGAACUAUCGCGUCACGCUCGCCGAAAAGAUUAUGCCCGCUGCUGACUUGUCCGAGCAGAUCUCGACGGCUGGCACUGAAGCCUCCGGCACCGGCAACAUGAAGUUCCAGCUUAACGGCGCCCUAACCAUUGGCACUCUGGACGGCGCCAAUGUUGAAAUGGCCGAGGAGAUGGGCAUGGACAACAUUUUCAUCUUUGGCAUGAAUGUCGUUGAGGUGGAGGCACUCAAGGCUAAGGGCUACAAUGCCUACGACUACUACAAUGCCAAUGCCGAGGUCAAGCAGGUCAUCGAUCAAAUCCAGGGCGGUUUCUUCAGUCCCGGCAAUCCGAACGAGUUCAAGAACAUUGCGGACAUACUGCUCAAAUACGAUCACUACUUCUUGUUGGCCGAUUUCGAUGCCUACCUCAAGGCACAGGAUCUGGUAUCCAAGACCUAUCAGAACCAGGCCAAAUGGCUGGAGAUGUCCAUCAACAAUAUUGCCUCCAGUGGCAAAUUCUCAUCGGAUCGCACAAUUGCCGAAUAUGCCCGCGAAAUUUGGGGCGUUGAGCCCACCUGGGAGAAGCUGCCCGCACCGGAGGAUCAGCAAUAAAUCAAUUUUAACAAUUUUUGAUAUUAUAUAUUUUAUUAUUUGUGUGCUUUACUUUUGUUAAAGUCCCAUUUUAGGAGCCAAAUGCAACAACAACAAACAAUUGAAAAAGAAAUGAGAUAUGACAGAAAUGAAUUAAGCUAGCGCUAAGAUGUAAACAUCGAUCGGGCUCAUUGUUAAAUAUUAAAUAUCUUAUUUAAUAAAUUUUAAACAAAUCCA